ACCCUCAGGUCGUAUAUGCGCAAUUAAAGAACACACAGAGGUAAAUAUCCUUGCGCAGAACUCAGCAGGAAAGAUCCAGAGAGAAGCCAUGGCUGGUUUGCAAAGAUCUGCCGUGUCUUUUAGGAGGCAAGGAUCUUCAGGUAUUGUAUGGGAUGAUAAGUUUUUGUCAGGAGAGCUAAACCAGGUCGCUAACCAAAACCAAGAACACCAACAACAGCGAGAGCUACAAGAGAAGCUAGAUAUCAAUCAAGAAAGGGAUGUUAAGCCAUCAUCAUCAGGAUCAAUCACUACCAUUGAAAGAAGCCGAUCUAACGGUGGACAACGAGCCUACCGCACCGGCAAGGUCUCUCCGGCUAUCGAACCUCCUUCUCCAAGGGUUUCUGCUUGUGGAUUUUGCAGUGCUUUUGGAAAACCAACAAAGAAUCAUCGGAAAAGGGCCGGGAGAUUCUGGCCUUCUUCUUCGGAUCACCAAACAGAAGUGGACCGUGUUAAUCAAAGUUGUUGCAAUUACUUUACCCAAAUCAUUAUCACAACGCCCAACUAUAACCCUACCAAAUAGAUGGCCAGCUUGGUUGCUCUUGGUCAGGCAGGCAAAUUAAUAAGGUGCUCUGAGCUUUUUUUGGUCAAAUUCCAUAGUACAUAAAAUAUCUAUUGCGUAUUUAAUGUUGUUACAACUUGCUGUGGAUGAUAGUACUAUUUUAUUGACUAAAUAUACAACUUUGAAGAAGUAGGUAGUUCAUAGAAGGAAAAAUUAAAAAUUAAAGAGUGAUUGAUAAUAGUAUAGUCAUUUUGCCCCUUGAUUCCCCAAAUUUGAUUGCGCUGCAGCAAGUUUUAUUUUAUUCUAAAGGACGGUUGCUCCUGCAGCAAUUGCACAAGUAGUCUCUCUUUGAUUUGGGGAUUCUGUGUCUCGCAUCACAUGGGGUUAGAUUAAGGCUCCCAAUCAUUGGGCUGCAUCUGCACCACUAAUAUAAUGAAUUUGCACAGUUUUGACCCAGCAGUUGUAGUAAAGCCACAUGCACCUGGUAGAAUCUGUGAGGCCAAGAUGAAAAAAGCCAUAAUUCAACAAAUGAAUUUCUAUUUUUUAAUA